AUUCUUGAAACUCUUUUCCCCAUAUGUGCUGCAACACUUUGCUUUCCCAACAUGUCCCUGGGUCACUGCAGAGGCUCCUUCUCUGGCUCUUAAGAUGUUCUUUCUUGAUAAAGAAAAACAGUUCCUUUUCUCCUUCUAUGUUCUGUGCGUGCCCCUAGAGGUGUUGGGUUUUCUUUCGUUUCCUAUGUUUGUUUAAAUCCUCUGCUGUUCUCCUUCAACGUGAAGACUUCUGUUUCAGUGAUUUACUGACAACAUACGUUUCACACAACUUCCCCAAACAUGCCUGCCCUGCCAGUCACCUCAUCUGCCGGUGACGAAGAAGUACACAAAGGAUUCAUUCUGCUGUGUAAGCUUUCUGCCUGACCCCCACCUCCCCGGGUGCUUAAAUUUCUUUGAUCAUGAAAACAAAUGCCAAGCAGGUAUUAAGCUUACAGAAUUAGAAUUGAAGCCUGCAGGUGAGGGAGAGAGAGAAAGGCAGACAGACAGACCGACUAGGUCAGCUGAAUAUUCCCGGCUGAAGGCAUCUCAGUUCACAGCUCAAGCCCAAGUUCCUGGAGGACCAGGAACCUCUGUCCCAUACUUAACUCAGAGCCUUCCAUGGAACUCUGCGCUUCACCAGGCUGACAGCGAGUCUGGGGGUCCUGUGCAGUCAGUGAUGACAGUUCUUGCUGGGCACUCUCAGCAUGACGCAGGAUUGAUACUGAUCUGAAACGUAAGUCCCAACAAGACUCCCAUUUCCAAGAUUCAAGAGUUCCAGCCUUGAAAUGAUAGGAUCCAGGGGUUUCUGUUCCGAGCUCAGUGCACCUUUCGUCUCCAAUAUCUAUACAGGUUUGUCCAAAACACAAUUAAGAAAAACAAAAAACCCACAACGGUGUUCGUGACCUCUGCUCCCUCCAUCCUCACCCCCAUGUCCAGGAGAUGGGAGUUCAGACAAGAACUUAGACAAGAAAGCAACAUCCCUAAAAUUGUGCAUUACUGUUUGCUGGGUUUGUUUGUUUGUUUGUUUCCCGUCUUUAUUUUCUUUGGGAUGGGGGAUGGGGGAGGAGAGGGGAGGACCUGGGCGCAGAGGAGGAACCCAGGCUCUCAAGCCUCCCCGCCAGCCUUCUUCUGCGGGGUGGUCUUCAGCGCACUGAAGGGAACACUUGUUGGGGAGUUCCCUUUCUGCUUGCUGUCUCCCACCGCCAGUCAGGCGGCCGCAGGCAGAGGGGAGGCUGUGAUCUGGGCUUGGCUGCGAGUCAGGAAGGCAAAGAUCGCGGAGCCGGAGCGCUCAGGGCCAGGUGACACAGUCGUGGGUGCCCGGCGCCGCUUGACAGCUUCAUCCCCGCCCACUGGCAGGAGAGCGCGGCCGGGCAGCACGCGCGCGCGCAGGGUCCUUAAAAGCCGCGGCCGCGCGGAGACGCCGAGCUCGCCCACCGCGCGCAGGCGGCGACAUGCACGUGAACGGCAAAGUGGCGCUGGUGACCGGCGCGGCCCAGGGCAUCGGCCGAGCCUCCGCCGAGGCGCUGCUGCUCAAGGGCGCCAAGGUAGCGCUGGUCGAUUGGAAUCGUGAAGCAGGUUUAAAGUGUAAAGCUGCCCUGGAUGAGCAGUUUGAACCUCAGAAGACUCUCUUCAUCCAGUGCGAUGUGGCCGAUCAGGAACAACUAAGAGAUACUUUUAGGAAAGUUGUAGACCACUUUGGAAAACUGGACAUUUUGGUGAAUAAUGCUGGAGUGAAUAAUGAGAAAAACUGGGAAAAAACUCUGCAAAUUAAUUUGGUUUCUGUCAUCAGCGGAACCUACCUGGGUUUGGACUACAUGAGCAAGCAAAAUGGAGGUGAAGGUGGCAUCAUUAUUAAUAUGUCCUCUUUAGCAGGGCUGAUGCCUGUUGCACAACAGCCUGUUUAUUGUGCUUCCAAACAUGGCAUAAUUGGAUUUACACGCUCGGCAGCGAUGGCUGCUAAUCUCAUGGACAGUGGUGUGAGGCUGAAUGCCAUUUGCCCAGGCUUUGUUAACACACCCAUCCUCAAAUCCAUCGAGAAAGAAGAGAACAUGGGACAAUAUAUAGAAUACACAGAUCAUAUCAAGGAUAUGAUGAAAUACUAUGGAAUUUUGGACCCAUCAAUGAUUGCCAAUGGAUUAAUAACACUCAUUGAAGACGACACUUUGAAUGGGGCUAUAAUGAAGAUCACAACUUCUAAGGGAAUUCAUUUUCAAGAUUAUGAUACAACCCCAUUUCACACGAAAGCUCAGUGAACAUCUUAUAUGUCAGCUUUAACUGAAAAUAAGCACAAAUGACUUAGACCACAUCUUCAUUUGAAGACAGCUUUUUAAAUGAAAUGUUAUCAUUUGAAGCUUUCCUUUCAUGCAUGUGAUGUUCAUUUUUUCUAAAUGAUUAGCUAAGUAUAUAGAUUUAAAAAAUGAGGAACUAUCAAAAAUAUGACAUGGACCAAAGCUAGGUUUUGAUCUCUAUAGUCUAAGUAAUGAUUAAAACAAAGGAUAUUCCAGGAAUAUUCUGCCUUGCAGAGAAUAUAUUUAAAUUUGUGAUUCAUAAAUGUUAAUGUUUUUCAGAACGUCAUUUUAAAGGAGAUACUUGAAUUGUUAUUUAUAUCAAACCAGAUGUGAAAAACUCAUUUUGUUUCCAUGUUCGCACUUUAAAAGAAGGAAGCUACCUACAAUGGCAAAUAUUUAGUAACAAUAACUUUUACUUGUAUACCAUCUUUCAGCUGAAUAUUUCAGCUCUUUGAGGAUGUGGCACCUUUGGGGGCCCGUAGGUAAGGAAUAAAUUACAGUGUGAAUAUAUCCUAAAUGAAAAAUCUAAUGUAUGGAAAAGUGACAGAAAUUAACUGGCUGAGAUGUUAAUUCACAGUUCAGCCUCCCAUCUGGGGAAAACAUUUCUUUCCUCUUUGCUUACCUUAAGAAUUUUGACUACAAAAAUCUCAGGAAUGAAACUUUUAAUAGUUAUAGCAAAAAGGAUAGUUAGUGCUCCUAAAACAUGCUUAUUAAGAAAAAAAUACAAAUGUAAUUUUUUUCAGAUUACUUUUGUUUACUUGUACCAAUUUCAAAAAUGCCUACUUUUCAAUAAAACUUUUUUUUUCUAAUCUUCAGAAGUUACUUAGUGUUCUAUGUAUAGCUACUGAGAGGAAGAAACCAAUUUUGUCAACACCUCAACUGAAGAUGCUCUUGUGUUUUCAAAGCAGUAAUAACAAGAGGUAAAAAUAGGUGUGAUUUUUUGCCGUUUUCCCUGUCAGGUAUUUUAAGAUAGGAUCAUUAAAUGCACCUGCUUUGGGUAACACUAUUUGCAAGCAAUAAUUAAUGCUAAUAAUAGUGAAAGCACAAGAUUUCCAAAUCAAUCAUUUCUUCAUAGAAAUAUUGUAGAAGUAACACAUUCUGCCUGCUAACUCCAAAGCUCCCAGGUGGGAGCAAAAUCCAUCCAUGCGAGAUUAAUAAGGAUUUCCUAGAGAUAUUGGCAGGUUGUCAGAUCUUGCUCUGUUUUAAUUCUGCCACAGAGAACUGUUGCCUUCACUUUUAAGGAGUGCGUUGAAUAUGAGUAACUGUUGUCUAGAUGUCCACAUAACGUCUUUGAAAAACACCAAGUAGUGGACAUCAGUGAACAUCUAAGAGAAGUUGUAUAAUUAGGCACAAACUUGUUCAUACCUUGUGGCAGUAACUAACCAGUCGAUGAUAUAGGUAUGAGGAAUAUCAUUUAUCAUCUCAACUCUUUUUUCCACGGUAAUGUUCAAAGCUAUAGCUUAAACUUUUCAUUUGCGGAUAAGUCUUUGCACUGGCGGCCUUCAAUAUACUUUGUGCUUUGAAUUAUUGUUUUUAAAUCAAUAAACUAUGCAGACAUUUAAAA